UCUCCUACCAUCUCCAUUUCACAUACCCUCCCUCCAUACUCCCUCCAUACUCCCUCCCUCCCUCUCUACUAACGACAUUACAACCUGCCUCCCAACCGCCGCCCAUGCACGGAGCUCCGCCGAGUGCGUCGAGGCGCAGCGCCGCGGGGGUGUCGCCGCCACAGUCGGCCUGAGAAGCGCGUGCGCGCACCCGGACGACCAGCAUCACCUCCGAGAAGAAGAAGAGGAGGGAGGGGGGCUUGUAAGAAGAAGGAGUGGAGGGAGAAGAGGGAGAAACAAACACCACGCGUGUUUUCUUUCUUUCUUGGGGGGGUGAGCGUGGAAAGAAGGAGGAGAAGGGAUCAACCAGCAGGGACGAGAUGGAUGAGGUGUCGCAAGAGGAGAGGCUCCAGGUCAUCGCUGAGAAACGGAAGAAGCAGACAGAGAUUGAGAAUAAGAGGAGGCAGCUGGACGAUGACAGACGACAACUACAACAUCUCAAGUCCAAGGCGUUGAGGGAGCGCUGGUUGUUAGACGGCGCUCCGGCCGAGGAGGAGACUCAGAAGCGUCUGCAGGAGGAGGAGGUGAAGACCAAAAUCCUGGAGCAGGUCAUCCUCAGGCUGGAGCAGGAGAUUGAAGAACUGGAGACAGGCGUGCCAGCCAAUAAGGGCGUGGCCAAAGAAAAUGGAGGAGAGAACGGCGUCGCGCAGACCCCCAAGAGGGAGGUGGCCGGAAUGGAGGCCGAGCUGCUGGGCCCCAGCCCCGAGAAGGCCAGCGCCGACAACCCCGUCACGCUGGUCUUCAUGGGCUACAAGACGGUGGAGGAAGAGCGGGACGGCCGCCCGGCCGCGGGGGCGGACGGGGCGGACGGCGACGUGAAGGCCGAGUUUGUGGUGAUCGAGGACGGGGAGGCCAAGCUGGCGGCGGGCGCCGGGGACGGGGCCACGGACGACCAGGCGCCGCCCAACGGGAGCAUGGCAGAGAAGGAAAAGUCCGACGGGCUGGAGGAGAAGGAGAAGAAAAAGAGCUGCAAGUGCUGCGUGGUCAUGUGAGCUGUGCAAGUUGUGUACGUGUGUGUGUGUGUGUGUGAGAGAGAGAGAGAGAGAGAGAGAGAGAGAGAGAGAGCGAGAGAGGGUGUGCGUGCUAAUGUGGAUGCUUGUGCGCCAAUGCAUCUGUCUGUUGGCAGACGUUUACUUUAGCUUUGUGUUUAAGUGUUUGUACGUGUGUGUGUAUGUGCAGAAUGUGCGCGCGCAUGUGUGUCCGUGUGUCAGGACCGUACAAUGCCAACUUUCCACCACCGAGAGCCAAAACAAGCUCCAGCUCCAGCAAACAACAACAACAAAAUAACCACAAAGACUCAUAAGUACUCAGCCUUCUUUACUCUUGUAUUUGACUUUUGGUUCCUAUUGAUAUUUUUCUAUUUUUCUGUCUAUUGUAUUCAGUAUAUCUUUGUUAUUAUUAUGAUUAUGAUUAUGGGACUGUGUACUGUACUGUUUGUUGUUAUUGUUGGAAAGGGAGGAAAUAGCUGUUCGCUCUCUGGAUUGUACCGCGACCCCCUCAAAAGGAGGGAAAAAACCCCAGAAAACUAACGAAAACAUUUUUAAAAAGUCAUUCAUAGUCCAAACAAGACACAGAUGCUUGGAAAUAUAUAUCUCUGUGUAAGCCUAGCUAUUUAUCAGCCAAUUUCAUAUUGCAAUAUUGUCCAAGAUAUUAUUUUGAAUAGUAUUUUAAUAUAUUGAUAUGAAAUUAUGUUUUAUACAGUGUAUUUAUUUGUUUUUUGUUUGCAGUUCUGUGUGUGUAAUUCAUCAUCGCCGUCACCAUUAACUUGCAUGUAAGCUUUGUGUCAUUAACCAGCGUCUUAUUUGACUAACUUGGGGAGGAUUUACGCUUCAGGUCCAAGUGCCCAAUUCGGAUUUAUUGCCUACAAUAUAUGUUUCCACGUAAAAGUACAUUUCAAGUGACACACGUCCGAACAUCAACGUAACGCAUGAAACCACCUACGUGUGCAGAUACCCAAAUUGUACAUAACUUCAGGCGUAAACAAGUAACAAUACAUAAAUACAAAUGUUAAACGUUACAUAGUGUUUAGUUGGUCUUAGCCGACUUCCACAUUACUCCGCUGCACUGGCCGCAACUGUCGCCAUUUAUUUUGUUUAUGCCAUAUUUAAUUGGCAUCCCCCCCAAAUCCGUUUUUGAGCCCGAUGCACAUACUUAACAUUAGAAAAAUCUCACGGCAUAUCACCAAACAAAAUUUUUCAAAAGAGUAAGGGAAUAAUGAUGAUCUCAUCCCAAUUUACUCACAAAUUUACUUAGUGUGAAAUUUUGGUUUGUUUAGUUGAACACAAAGCUAUUCUGUUGAAUGACUGGCAAAAGGUGGGUACACAGGUUAAUUAUACCUUCUGCCAUCUGGUGGAAGAGCCUUUAAUAGUUUUGCCUGUCACUAUAUGUUGCUGGCAUCGAUAGAUAAACGAAGAUGCAUGAUUUGUAGUAAAUCAUUUUCUGGGAAAUGAAGCGAAAUUGCGUCAUUUCCCGCGGCACACCUGAUGGUCUCUCACAGCACAGCGGUCGGGAGUCACUUCCAUGUGUUUAUUUGCAUUGUUUAAGCAGACGCAACUCGGGGUAUAUCCAAUUUGUGCAUUUACGCCGCACUCGCAUUUGUGCAUAUCCGAUACAAAUCUGAUAUCUACAUGUGGAAGAGGCCUGAUUCAGAUGUGAAGAAAUGCGAUUCCUCAUGACACAUAUCCGACAUGCACCACCAAGAACCCAAAAAAAAAAUAAUCUGAAUUGUGUCACUAGAACUGUGAUGCAUAAAUCCAGCCAGUCACGCGAAUCACCGUUCGAUCACAAUAUACUCCAUAAACGCUUCCCGUCAGUACUGUGUGUGAGAUAUAUAAAUAUAUAUAUAUAUGUACAUGAAAGUCACAGCUUUUUGUAUGAUUUCAACCGUUACGAACAAGUGAGUUGCACAGCUGCCGGGGGAAGGGAAGUCAGUGUUCCUCUGACCCCCCGCCAGUAGACUCGUAGCACUGCAUGAAGCCUUGCAACUGUUUGGACCGUCUCGUCACUGUUAAGUCUCUUUCUUUAUGUGUGCGCGAUCACCCUUUCACGUGAAUGUAAAAACAAGCGAGAAGGGGUUCCACUGGGAUUUGUUGGCCCGUAAACGAGAAGAAGAAGAAGAAGAAGUCAGGCUUUGUGCAGCUCACACUCAAUGCUUUUUGUGUCUUUAUGAACCAAAUAAAAUCUGUUGCUACUGUAAAA